GAUAAAAAAUUUCAUAUUCACAACAUGUUAAAAACAUAUGUCAACUUUCGAACCGUUUGCAAGAGCCCAUUGACAGCGAUUUUACGUUUCCCAUAUAAUCGUUAUUUUUCUGGUGAAGUCGACUUGGACAGUACUUAUUCUGAAAUAAAGGCUGCACAAGCGGAGAAGAAGGAAGAGUCAAGAAAUUUAGAAGGUCAACAGAAUAAAAAAGAGGAAGAAAAAAGAAAACUUGAGGAAGAAUUUCUGGAACUUAGGAAGACUCUUGAUGCCGUUACUGUCCUAAGAGACGAUUUUAAGGAAAAAUAUUUUAGAGCGCUUGCUGAAACCGAAAAUGUGCGGCAACGUUGUCAAAAAGAUAUUGAACAAGGACGGCUUUUUGCACUUCAAAAUUUUUCAAAGUCAUUAAUUCAAGUGGCAGACUUAUUUGAAUUGGUUAUUAAAAAUGUUACUAAGGAGCCUUUAAACAUUAGUGAUAAGGUAGAUAAAAUAUGGACAGAAAUGACACGAGGUCUUAUUAUGACUGAAAAAGAACUACAUAAAGUAUUUAGAGAGCAUGGCUUAGUGUCUUAUAACCCUCUUGGCGAAAAGUUUGAUCCCAACUACCACGAGGCUCUGUUUGAAGUAGUAGAUAACGAAAAGGAACCAGGAACCAUUACUUUGGUUCAGAAGUUGGGCUACCAACUUAACGGAAGAACACUUCGAGCUGCGGUAGUUGGCGUAUCAAAGAAAGCUUAAUAUUCUAUAAAAUAAACGAAU